AGGAUUAUAUAAGAAAACUGGUAAACUGGUAUUUCUUGGAUUGGAUAAUGCAGGAAAAACAACAUUGCUACACAUGCUAAAAGAUGACAGACUGGGACAACAUGUCCCAACAUUACAUCCCACUUCAGAAGAACUGACAAUUGCUGGCAUGACUUUUACAACUUUUGAUCUGGGUGGACACGUUCAAGCUCGGAGAGUGUGGAAAAACUACCUUCCUGCCAUCAAUGGCAUUGUUUUUCUGGUGGAUUGUGCAGACCAUGAAAGGCUGUUGGAGUCAAAAGAAGAACUUGAUUCACUAAUGACAGAUGAAACCAUUGCUAAUGUGCCUAUACUGAUUCUUGGGAAUAAGAUUGACAGACCUGAAGCCAUCAGUGAAGAGAGAUUACGAGAGAUGUUUGGCUUAUAUGGUCAGACAACAGGAAAGGGCAGUAUAUCUCUGAAAGAACUGAAUGCCCGACCCUUGGAAGUUUUUAUGUGCAGUGUGCUCAAAAGACAAGGUUAUGGAGAGGGCUUCCGUUGGAUGGCGCAGUACAUUGAUUAACACCAACCCGUACUGGCUUCAGGUCUCAACAUUCAGGCCUACUCAGAGAUUUUAUCACUCAACAUGCAUAACUUGAAUUCAAUAGACUUUUGUUGCUUAUAAAAUAGUUGUUUUUUAGAUUAUUAAUAUUAUAUCAACUUAAUUUGAGUGAGAAUUGAAAACUGAUUCAAGUAAAUUUGAAUAUCACACUACAUCUAUUAGCUUUCUAAUUCCAUAAAAUAAUUCAUUUUUACAGUUUGUAAUCUGACAUCACCCCCGCGCCAUUUAUAAAAACAAUUUUACAGCAGUACAUUUGAAGCACUUUUUAAUAACAUGAAACUACAGGUGUCCACCAUAUUUAAAAGCUCAUCAUGUUAAAUUUUGUAUGUACUUUUUUGGAACUAGUUUUUAAAUUUUAGAUUGUAUGUCCACCUGUAUUAAGUGUACAGUUAAUAAUUAGCUUAUCAGUAAUUGCAUGAUGCCUUAUAGUUUUCAAUAAUAUUUUUUCUUAUGCAAACGUCAUGCAAUAAAACAAACUCUAAUGUUUGGCAUCCUU